AGGAAAGACAAGAUAGCCGCUCCCAUUGCCCAACCCUUCACUCAGGUGACUCCUCCAGCAGAGCGGGAGCCGACCAGAGUGACGGCUGCUCCAGCUCCUGUCGCUGUUCUCAGACUCCCGACACCAAAAACACAGAAAUCCUUCAGCCUGCAGGUGAGCAUGGAGCCGUCGGUGUUCCUGGAGGUGGAGAACGAGGUGUCGGUGGUGGCGGGUUCGAAGCUCAGUCAGCUGCGAUGCUCCAGAGACGGACGAGAGUGGAACACGCUGCUGCCCAGCUCAGUGGUCACCGCUGCAGGAAGCAGUGACGUCCUUGCCGUCGCCUGCGAGGACAGGAUGUUGUCUGUGUUCUCGUCCUGCGGUCGACGGCUGCUUCCUGCCAUCCAGCUGGGCACACCUGUGUCCGCUCUGCACUGUGCGGCCCACUUCGUCAUGGCUCUGACGGCUGGAGCGACACUCUCCGUCUGGGACGUUCAGAAACAGAAGGCUCUGGUGAAGAACGAGUCUCUGCGGAACAUUUUAUCUGGUGUUGACAUCACCGUGUCUCAGUCUCUGCUGACUCAGCAGGGGGUCCCCGUCAUCGGACUCUCCAACGGGAAGUCGUACUGCUUCAGCUCCUCGCUCGAGACUUGGACUCUGAUAGCAGAUAAAGGAGACUCGCUGGUUCAGUGUGCAGACUUCAGGAGCUGCCUACCUACCCAUGAUGCACCUGUGUCCUCUGGGCCACUGGCUGUGAUGCAGGGACGCAACCUCAAUGCUGGUCGUCUGGCGUCCCGGCUCUCCUCCACUCCUCACCACCUCCAGCAGAGCAUGACGCUGGCCUUCCUAGAGAAUCAGCUGGCGUCGGCUCUGGCCCUGCAGUCGGCGCAGGAGUAUCGAUACUGGCUACUCAUCUACGCCCGAUUCCUCGUCAACGAAGGCUCAGAGUAUCGUCUCAGAGAACUCUGUAAGGAGCUGCUGGGUCCCGUCCACAAAUCUGCUGCCACGUCCUGGGAGCCCACGACUCUGGGUCUGCGUAAGCGGGAGUUGCUGCGGGAGGUUUUACCCGUCAUCGGAGAAAACCUGCGAUUCCAGAGACUGUUCACGGAGUACCAGGACCAGCUGGAGCUGCUGCGCAACAAAUAACACUCACACUGACUCACACACUCGGACUCGUCGUGGAAGUAGUUUGUUUGUCUCGGCUCGGGUAAACUCUGACUGUUUCAUCAACUUGGGAAGCUUGAAACGCUGUUGAGGCUGAGGCCAGUCACAGCUUUUUACUCACUGGGACGUUUCAGUGCCGUCGCUCACUGGGGACAAAUGGGUGCUUCUUCUUCUUCGUUUCUUUUUUUUUCUUCUUAUCACAUUUGUUCACUAACGUCUUUUGUCUGUUAUCUGACCUAUGCACCUCCCUCCUGCUAAUCAUGAACCUUCGGAGAGAAACGCAGAGACAGAAAAGGUCCUGUCGUCUUGAGCUGAGACGCUCGUGGAAGACGAAUGUGAGUCAGAGUGGAGGUAGAGGAGCAAUAUGCUUGUCCCAAAGUGAUGCCUUCAAGUGUCGACGUGAACACACACCAGUUUCUGCCGGGUGGAGAACACACAGCACAGAGGCUGACGUCGCUGAAUCUGUGACGGUUUCCUGGCUGCCUUCAAAAGUGACGGACGGAACGCCACAGCGAGAAACUUAACUCCACACCCCCACCGCACUGACGGACAGGAUGGAUCUCUGGGAAAUGGAGUCAGAAAGGGAUCUCAGAUGUUAAAGUGAUUUCACUUUGCUACUGAUUCAAAUCAAUAAAAACGACCGUGUAGAUGUUAGAAAUCGAACCCAACUGAUUUCACGUUUGGUUUAACAUGAACAUUAAUCAGAGUCCGGCUCCGCCCACACUGACACGUUUAACUUUUUUUAAAGUCUUUGGCAUGGUUGCCGUGGUUACGCCUGGUGAGAGUUCUCCAGCCUCUGAACCAGAGAUUUGUGUAAACUGGUUUUAGUUUGAAAACUCUGGGGUUGUUUUAAUCUGGACCAACAGAAACUGAGACUUCAGUAAACGACGUUCUCUUCCUGAUUGGUUCUCAUCAGUCACAUGACUCCAGCGGUGAAGACAAAGCGCCGCUAACACUUCCACCUCGUCGUCGCUCAGAGAACAGAAAUCCCUGCUCUGACUUUUCACCACCGCUGUUCUUUUCUGUAACUAAGCCACGAACUGCAGAGGAGACAAUCUACUUCCUGUUUACAUCACAUGGUCACAAGUGUUGAAAGGAAAACGUUUUGUUGUGGACGGAGACCAAAUAGUAAAAAAAAAAAAAAAAAAGCUGGACACCUUUUUUUAUUGAAAGACAUUUUAAAGUCACGUCACGGCUCAAAAAUCAAAAACAUCCGAUGUUUGAACGUUUUGUUAACCGAGGAUUUAACAGUGAAUGAGCUCAGUCACAUUUUGUUGUGAUGGAUAAAUAAAGUUAUUAAUCUUUAUUAACGACAUUUCACAUCAUAUUUUCCGUCCUGUCUCGUCCUGCAGGUGUUUAUCUGAACUGAAAUGUUUUCUGAAACAAACAAGUCAACAGAUUUUAUUUGAACCACUUUGCAUCAGAAACAUUCACGUGUCAGAAUCCUCUCCUGCGUGUUCCCGUUAAACUCCGUCACCGUCAAACACUAUAAAUUCUGC